GGUCAUGUUUUGGGAAAACUAAAAAUCGAUCAACUAAAUUCGAAAAUAAGAGCAAAAAUUUAAAACGGAGGAAAAAAUACGAGAAUAACGUGACUAAGAAAAUAGUAAAAAAAAUAGAUGGAAAAAUAAAAAAAAACAAAAAUAUAGAAAUUGCCAAAUCAAAAAAUUUUAAAUGAGAAAAAAGUGUUAAAAUUUAAAAAAAAAAAAACUAACAACCAAAGUUAUAAAAACCAAAAAUUUUAACAAAUAAACUAAACCCAUAUACAAUUAUCAACAUGGCUCCUUCACUGAAUCAGGAUUAUUCAGAGGACACCACGACCAUGAGUCCCAUUAUAACCACCACCACCAUAACUACCGACAGCCUGUACACUUCAUCAGCUUCACCCACAAUUAUGGAUAUGUGGAUGUCGCAAUUGCAAAAAGAUCAUCCGGAAAUCUCAUUUGUUGUCCCCAGUCAACAUGAUAAUCAACACAUUGAUAAUAUGAUGAAUUUUAAACGUCUGCUUGAGCAGGUGGGCAAUACCGCCUACGAUACCUUCUCUGCGGACCAUCAACAUUCCAGUUUGGUCGACUCUUUGGGUCAACCCAUAACACAUGAGCAAAUUUCAAAUAGUGCCGUCUUGAAUAUGGCCGAUUUGAAAAAUAAUGCCAUGUCUGGCUUGGAGAGAUUUUUUUCUGGUGCCGAUAUGAAUUCAAUGAUAAAUUAUUUAUGGGUUGGUGUGGUCACUUCAUUGGUCAUCUUGACAGUGAUUUUUGUCUUGUUCAGCUGUUAUUUCUAUCGCAAGUUUCGUGAAUGGAAAAAAUGCAAUAAAGACAUUCGCGCCCACUUGAACAAUGACAUGUAUCCUGGCACCAUUGUGCCUUGUGAUCCUUCAUCAAACCCUGAAGCUGCUUAUUACCAAAUGGAUAUGCCACCACCACCUUGUUACACCAUUGCCACUGGCCUGCCCACAUACGAUGAGGCUUUGCAUCACCAUCAACAGCAUUUUGCCUUUGGCAUGAAAUUCAUUUAUCCCACGCUCGCUGCUGUGCACCAUCAGGCCACAAAUUUGAUGAGCUCCUGGGAAAAAUACGAUAUGCAAAACACCAAGGACCAAGGCAAGGCAUCCACAGCAUCUUCAGCGGCUGCAGUCAUUGGUGCCAAGAGUUCCCCCAGCAAACAAGUAGGAGGAAAAUCAUCAAAAUGUAAAUUAUCGCAAACCUCGGAUGGCGCUUCAGAAUCGGCCAGUGAAUUGCUGCUGCCACCACCCUCCUAUGAUGUGGCAGCUGCCUCCAUGGCAUUUUUGGCGCCCGAGGAAUUCUCACAAGGAUGUGACAAUGUUAGCAUUGUUAUGCCCUUCAACAAGGAUGCAACAAGGACAUUGGAUACAGCCUCCGGCGACUUAACAGACGUUAUCGCUGUGUGAUUAUCCUGUUAAGAAGAGCCUUAAAUGCGAAAAAAGAGUUCCCUCCACUGUCCAAGCAUGAUUUGGGAAAAUUUGUAUAUAAGGAGAUUGUGUAAAUACCAAAACCAAAAUUAAUUUUGGAAACACUAGUUUUAAACAUUUAUAAUUUUUUUAAUUAAUUUUUUUUGAGAUUCUUGUAAAAAAUUGUUAAAUGUUUUUUUCCUCUCUAAAAUAGUUUUUGUAAAUUUUUUGUUUAUGUUUCCAAUGGUUUAUUUUUGUAAACACCUGUAAGACUGAAUAGUUUAUUUGAAUUUUGUUUUAAUUUUAAGUUAUUUAAAAAUUAUCCUAAGAAUUGAUCUGGUAGCAAGUAGUUUAGAAAAUUUUUAAGUUUUAGAUGUAGAAAUUAAAAAAAAAAAAACAAGAAAGAAAAAAACCUAAACAAAAAAGUCAACAACAAAAAAUAAAAUUGAAAAAAAUUUACAAUAUUUAAAUUUUAUAUUUGUUUUAAUUUGUUUUAAUUUUUUUUUUAGUUUCUUAUAAUUUUUUUUCACAAAAAGUAAACAAGGCAAACCACCCACACUUUUUAUAACAUAACCGCGGUUAAUUCAAAAUAUAAAAUUUUGAAUUUUACUCAAUUCAAUUCAACUCACCUCACUUAACCCCUAAACUCAAUACACCUCAUAUCAUAUCGCCUCACCUCCAUUAUCGGUUUCACCUAACAUAAAUACCUAAAAACAUUCCAACAUCAACUCUAAAAAACACACAUUGCUCAGCACAUGUUACAAAAUAAUUUUUCGGUUUGUUUGUUAUUUUUUAAUCCUUUCAAAAACAAACUACAGCACAAAGUGUUAAAGCAUUUCUCUAAAAUAAUCCAUUUAAUAAAU